CACUUCCUAUAGUGUUUAUAUUCAGUUGUGUCAUUACCAAAAUGCAGCAACCUUUAGACUAUCAACCAGCUACUCUAAGAAACAAAGAAUAGAAUCAACACUGCUGUCACAAUGCUGUGUAAAUCAUUGAAUGUUGCCUCAAUUAUAUUAAUACUGGUCAUUCUACUCGUUUCAAGUCUUCAAACAUUCAGCACACAAAGAGAAGGUAUUCACUUUUGCAAGCCAGCUGUCUACCUUUCCCUGAGGGGGAGGAACUACACCACCAACAACAGUGCUAUACUUAUCACUCAGAUUGGACGAAACUCUGCAGGGAAUGCUCUUGUUUGUCACACAAAUUUUGAGAGUUGUUGCGGUAGACAAGACAGAAACCAAAACCGAGGCAUUGGACUCUGGUUCUUCCCAAAUGGGAGCCAAGUAUUAGUAAGAAAUAGAGGUGGAGAUAUUUACUUCAAAAGAGGAAGACAAAUCGUGGCACUGAAUCAAAGAAAAGUCGCGGAAGGACCGACUGGUCAAUACUGCUGUGUAGUCGAAGACAGGAGCAGACAGAAUCAAACAUUUUGUGCCAAUAUCGUGUUAACACUUCCUGAAUCUCCCACACCAGCAAGAAUCAGUUCAUCAUCUGAUAUGACAUUUUCCACAGUAACUACAAUUAUAGAAGAAAACCAUACUCAAAAUUUUAACGGGAGUUUAUCUAUCUCCAUUGAAGGAAUUAACACAACCAGUACAACCAUGAGUAAUCAUACAGCGAAUGUUGGAUUGUUCAUUGGAGUUGGGGUCUUCCUGAUCAUUGCUGGGCUACUCAUAACAUGCUCAGCUACAUGUAUAGGCUGUGCUGUAAGACAUCGCAGAAAAAAAAUGAAAAAGAGUAUAACGUCCAUGCCAGACAGUCAAGCACAAACCAAGCAACAAACCAACUCAGAGAACCUGUAUGAUAGCCUACGACCGAUUACACUGACGACUGAGCAAGAUAAGGGACUUGGAACGCAAUACAAAGAGCUUGUUGAAGACUCAGGGGUCUAUGACUAUGCCGACAGAGAGAUUGUUCUUCAUAGACCAAUACGGAACAACAUCACAGUGUGCGAACUCACUUCAAAAAAUGGGGAACUUUCAAGUGCAAGAUUUGUUGACGAUGGUAUUUAUUAUUAGCUUAUUAAUUUUGUUCAACAGUCAGUACAUGUAUACAUUUUUAAUGCUUUGGAGAACAAAACAUAA